UCCAAAUACUGUAUUAAGGUCCGUUCAGCCGAAGGUACUGUCUCUCCCUCAGUGAAGCCUGGAAGGCAGCAGCUUUUAGAACUACAAAACUCAACACCGACAUAUUAGUAAAUUAGCGGCUCAGUAACAUAAAUACAGAUAUAUGCAUGUGAAGAACCUAUGCAUGCGUCAUCUGUGGUUGGCUGAGCUGAAUCUGCUGCCUUCCAUGCGUCCCCGGAGGAAGGAACGCAAAGCCCUUCCCUUUGACCUCUGCAGUGUGCUCACUUGCCAGCCCCAAAGAUGGCUGCGUACAUGAGGAUUCCCAAAACAUGCCGAAGGUUUUUAAACGCGAAAUAUUUCAGUUCAGCGAUAGGCGUGAGGGCACAAUUAGCCUUUUCCUCUACGACGGGGAAUCCGGAAUUCACAUCAAAAAGAGUACGAAGCAUGUUUACUGAAUUCUUCAGGGAUCGGCACCGGCACAAGCUCGUGCCCUCCUCUCCGGUGCGCCCGAGAGGAGACCCGAGUCUCCUGUUCGUCAAUGCAGGCAUGAACCAGUUUAAGCCCCUCCUGCUGGGCGCGGCCGACCCUCGCAGCGAGAUGGCGCAUUACCGCCGCGUGGCGAACAGUCAGAAGUGCGUCCGCGCCGGCGGGAAACACAACGACCUGGACGAUGUGGGACGCGACGUCUACCACCACACCUUCUUUGAGAUGCUGGGGAACUGGUCUUUUGGAGACUACUUCAAGGAGGAGGCCUGCUCCAUGGCCUGGGAGCUGCUGACGCAGGAGUACGGCGUUCCGGCGGAUCGGCUCUACGUGUCGUACUUCAGCGGGAACGCCGCGGUGGGGCUGCCGGCCGACCUGGAAACCCGAGAGAUCUGGCUGAGCCUGGGGGUGCCUCCGGGGCGCGUCCUGCCCUUCGGGAUGGGGGAGAACUUUUGGGAGAUGGGGGAGACGGGCCCCUGUGGGCCCUGCACAGAGAUCCACUAUGACCACGAGGGGGGGCGGGACGCCGCCCACCUGGUGAACCGGGACAGCCCCGAGGUGGUGGAGAUCUGGAACCUGGUCUUCAUGCAGUACAACAGGGAGGCGGACGGCGGUCUGAGGGCACUCCCCCGGCUCAGUGUGGACACAGGGAUGGGGCUGGAGAGGCUGGUGACUGUGCUGCAGGGCCAGCGCUCCAACUACCACACCGACCUGUUCACCCCGCUGCUGUCCGCCAUUCACCAGAGGUCGCGCUGUGGGGAGUACGGUGGGCGCGCUGGGCGGGCGGAUGAGGGGAGUGUGGACAUGGCGUACCGCGUCCUGGCCGACCACGCGCGCACGCUGUGCAUCUGCAUCGCAGACGGCGUCUACCCCGGCAUGUCCGGCGCGGAGCUGGUGUUGAGGCGGAUCCUUAGGAGGGCGGUGCGUUUCUCCACUGAGGUGCUGCAGGCCCCCCCGGGGGCUCUGGCCAGCCUGGUCCCCACGGUAACCCAAAUACUGGGAGAGGCCUACCCUGAACUGCACAGAGAAAGGCAGAGGAUCACAGACAUCAUCAACGAUAACGAAGCGCAGUUCCUCUGCUCCCUGAAGCAGGGGAGGCGGGUGAUUGACAGGACCCUCCAGAAGAUGGGCGGGGCCAACAUGUUUCCAGGAUCUGUGGCCUGGGCACUGCAUCGCAACCUUGGCUUUCCCCUGGACCUGAUUGGCUUAAUGCUUGAGGAGAAGGGUGUGGCCAUGGACUCAGAGGCUGUGGAUAGGCUAGCAGCAGAAGAAGAAAAGUUGAGGACUCAAGUCCAGGGGCCUGACAGAGAGAGCUGUACGGAGCUGGACCUCCACAGCCUAUCAGAGCUGCAGGGGGCAGGGAUUCCCCACACCGAUGACUCCCCAAAAUACCGCUAUUCCCUGGGCGAGGAUGGCCGAUAUGUGUUCCCGCCGUGUUGGGCCCGGGUUCAGGCUCUGUACUGCUCCCAGGCGCUGGUCCCGGAGGUGGGGGAGGGGCAGCGCUGUGGGGUGGUGCUGGAUCAGACCUGCUUCUACUCUGAGCAGGGGGGCCAAUCCCACGACCGGGGCUACUUUCUCCGGGAGGGGCUACAGGACGUCCUGUUUCCUGUGGAGGCGGUGCAGCAGGUGGGCGGGUACGUGGUCCACCAGGUAACCACGGGCGACACCCUGAAGAUUGGAGACAAGGUCCAGCUGUUCGUGGAUGAGGCCCACAGGCUGGCCUGCAUGGUGAAACACACAGCGACUCACAUCCUGAACUUCUCCCUGCGGCGGGUUCUGGGGGAGGGGGUGGAGCAGCAGGGCUCCCACGUCACGCCAGACCGCCUGCGCUUCGACUUCAGCGUCAGAGGCUCUCUCAGUGUCAAGCAGCUACAGGAAGUGGAGCAGGUGGUACAGGACGUCAUCGCACAGAACGAGGACGUGUUCAUCCAGGAGCUGCCGCUCGCCCUGGCCAAGCGUAUCCAUGGCCUGAGAACGGUGGAUGAGGUGUAUCUUGAUCCAGUCAGGGUGGUGUCCGUGGGCAUCCCUGUUCCUGACCUGCUCACUUCCCUCAGCGACCGGCCCACGUCUGUGGAGCUCUGCUGCGGAACGCACCUGCUGAGGACGGGGGAGAUCCGAGACCUGGUGAUCGUGGCGGAGAGAUCACUGCUGAAGGGAGUGAGCCGCGUGCUGGCGCUGACCGGAGACGAGGCUCGAGAGGCCCGGGAGGCGGGGCAUGCCCUGGUCCAGGAGGUGGAGUCUCUGUCGGCACAGCAACCGUCUGCUAGCUCCACCCUCCCCACUGCACACAGGCUGUCCAAAGAUGUGGGGCUGCUGUCCGAUGCUGUGGACAACACCCCCAUGCCGCAGUGGCAGAGGAAGGAGCUCCAGCAGCGUCUGAAAACGAUGCAGAGAGCCGCCAACACCGCCAUCAGGAAGCUGGAGACCAGCGAGGCUGCGGUCCAGGCUCUGGCUCUGUUGGAGAAGCAUGGCAGUAAGGCGGUGGUUGUGGACACUGUGGAAGCAGAGUCCAUAUCGGUGGUGAUGAAGGUGGUGAAUCAGUACAGUGAGCGGGCCCCGGGGUCAAAGGUCAUGUUCCUGGCCCAUCUGCCAUCCGGGAGGGUCCUGUGUGCCUGUCAGGUACCCAAGGCCAGCAGCACUCUCUCUGCCUCUGACUGGGCCCUGGCCGUCUGCACCCACCUGGGGGGCAAGGCGGGGGGGUCUGCUAUCGUUGCCAAGGGAGCGGGAACCACACAUGACAUCACAGAGGCCCUCCGGUGGGCUGAGGAGUUUGCCAACCCAACAGUGCGACCCAAUGCCAGCUCAGCCCCGACCCAAGACUGACCUCCAGGACCAGACACUGGGCUGACCUCCAGGACCAGACACUGGGCUGACCUCCAGGACCACACACUGGGCUGACCUCCAGGACCAGACACUGGGCUGACCUCCAGGACCACACACUGGGCUGACCUCCAGGACCACACACUGGGCUGAUGAGUGUGUCUGUGUGCAGUAUCUACAGUCCCACUUAUUUAUCAUAAGCACGUGUGCCCCUGGCUGGUUAUAUAUAAGGAGGUCUGAAGAUGUUAUUGUGUCAGCAGACUACUAUUCCCCCUCCGAACAGGGUCUGAAAUGAGUUCACACAGUGAUGAGUUCACACAGGUGUGUUUAUGUGCCACACCGCUGGUGAAAAGGUUCUGCAGAACGUCUUUGGUUUGGUUUUUCAGGAACUGUCACUCUGCUGGGCUGAGUGGACCACUGAUAUCUAAAGACUUCAAUUUCCAUUAUUCUGCUGGACUCCCAGGGAACUGAAUGUACAAAACUCUAUUUUCUUUGUUUAAGAAGGAAUAAAGACAUAAAAACCUUUCUAAA